AUGGCCAGAUAUGGUGGCCAUCAUGUGCUGGAGAACGUGAUUGUGAUAAAGCCUUUUGAUGUAGGGAAACCUGACAGCCAGGAGCAAUGCGACCCGUGUGACAGCGACAAUGCAGCGGACCUUGAAACGACGGAGCAUCCAUUGAUUCUGCGCAUGCAGAAGGAGAUGGAUGGUUCCAACACCACGCCACGUACGCCAAGGGGUCCAGCCCCUCCAUGGGCAGCAGAGUUGCCGGAACGAAGGGACCGCACCGCCACGGGCUGCACGCCGCCGCGGACCCCCACGGCCGUGAAGACGGUCCCCCCCGGGCUGCCAGAGGAGGAGGCCCAGGAAAGUGCCAUGGCCUUGGCUGGCAGCUUUGGACCCGACUUCCUUCAGGAGCUUUUCCGCCAAGCAAGACAAGGUGAUGCGGGGAGGAUGUCCGUGCAGCUGCAGAAGGUCCACAGCGCGGCGUUUUCGUUGCUGGGUGGCUCGGGCAUCGGCUUUGCCGAUGGAGGGCAUCACUCCGUGGUGGAGCAAAGUGAGGGGGCGGCAGAGCUCACGGCCGACUUCCUGGAUAAGGUGCGAGACUCUUCUGACAACUCGACUUUGUUGGGGGCGGCGACCGAGGGAGGUGUUUCAGUGGUUCACAUGCUCUUGCAGCACAAGGCCAACCCAAGCGUGUCCGAUCGCAAAGGGCAGACGCCGUUGCACAAAGCGGCAGACCAUGGCAGUCUGCUCACGUCGCUGAUGUUGUUGGACCGGAUGCAGGCCAGCGACCGCUCCGUUUUGCCGCCGGCCAACGGCGACGGCGAGACGCCAGAGAUGCUCGCGGCCAUAGCGGGGCACGGCGAGCUGUGCCAUGCCUUGGAGGUCUUCAAGCAAAUGCAAGCCGAUGCCCUGUCGCGGCAACUAGGUUCAGCUUUGCAAGCUCCAGACCCCUCAGGCGAUGCCUUGUCCUUGAUCGAGCUCGGUCACGGCAGCGUCAGGGCCCAUGCUGCAGUUCUGCUGCGGCAUUCGUGCAUAGGUUCGCAGAUGGUGCCUAAUCUCUUCCAACGCAUUCCUGAUGAGCAGGAAGAGUUGGUGGCAAUGGUGGAGAGGGUAUGUAAUGGCCUUGUUACUGCUGAGAGCUUUCUGAUGAGUCACGCCUGGGAUGCCUCGGAUCCGGGGCUCGAUCCAUCCUUGAGGAGUUUCGUGACGACGGCGGAAUUGCGCAGUCAGUGGCAAAAGAUCCGACAAGAGGCGCUGCGUGGCAAAGGUGCCGGCUCGGUCUUGGAACUUCUGUGUCGGCUCUGUGAUUUAGGCACAUUGCCACGCGGACCACCAAUUGCACCACUUGCCACGGCUGGGGGAAUUGCUCAGGUGACGCAGAGCGGCGAGAGAUUUCGGCUGCGCGGGAUCAAUUGGUACGGUGCCAGCGAUUGCAAACAUGUCGUUGGAGGUCUGGACGUGCAGAGUCUUGAGACGAUCUGUUCCAGCAUCACCACGAUGGGUUUCAACACUGUGAGAUUGCCCUUCUCCAACGAGAUGCUGCGGAGCUCAUUGUUACCAGGCAGUAUCGACUUCACGAAGAAUCCAUCCUUGCAGAGUUGUGCUUCUCCGUUGGAAGUUUUUGACGCUGUUAUCAAAGCCCUGGGUCAGCACAAGCUGGUGGUGGUGAUCAACAAUCACACCAGUCAUGGAGAGUGGUGUGGUGGACCUGACCGCAAUGGCCUUUGGUAUGAUCCUGGGAGCGAGAUCUAUACCGAGGACCAGUGGAUUGAAGAUUGGGCCAUGUUGGCGCGACGUUACCAAAAUUGGCCUCACGUAGGUGGUUUUGACCUCCGAAACGAGGUGCGCUUCUGCCCCUGGCCCUUCCGCUGGGCUUCGGCCUACAGCUGGACCUCGGCCGCGCAGCGCUGCGCAGAGCGGCUGCACAAGGAGCUGGGCGGACGAAUGCGGCUGCUGGUGGUGGAGCGGAUCAUUUGGCCCAUGCGGUCCUUGGAGGCCUAUGCUGCGGAAGGAGUGUUGCUGCCAGAGUGGAAGCAGCAUUUGGUGCUGGGAGUUCAUCAUUACAGCUGGAAUGGCCCUGGACGAUACUUGGCGUUUGGGCAUACGAUGCAUGGAUACCUUCAAGGCUGCGUGAAGAACAUUUUGAGGUGCAUCGGUUUCUUUUCGAAGGAAAACUAUGGAGAUAUGGACUCAGAUGAACUCAGUGAUGUGAUUUAUGGCCAAUGGGCCUAUUUGCUGCAAGACAAUGUGUGUCCCGUGUGGAUCAGCGAAUUUGGGACCGAGCUGAAUGAGGGCUACGAUUUGGACUGGUUCCGGCGAUUUAUCGAGAUCUUAGGCCGCCUCGAGGUGGAUUUUGCUUACUGGUCGCUGAAUGUGGGUCCCAAACCUGGAGGUCAAGGGGAUGAGAGCUACGGAUUUCUCUCGAAGGACUGGACCCCCCUCCUGUCUGACCUUCGUGUAGAGCUGAUGCGACAGCACGGGCUGUUGCCGACCUAA